AAGAAGAAAUGAUUUUGUUAAAAAAAAACCCAGGAUCUUUAUUAAAUGUGUUAAAUCUUAAUUGGGAGUAAUAGUGCAUCUUUAAGCUUAAGUGUCUGUGAUAAUUGUAUGAACCAGUUUCUUGGUCUUAUAAGUUAAUUGAUAAAACUAAUCAUUGAAGAAUAUUACUUCCUGGUCUUGUGAAAUACAAAAGAAAAUUUACCCACUAUCAGUGGUGCAGUUUAAACUUGUCUUAGCAAUGGCGGUUCACAAUUAUCUGAUAUGGUAUGGCUAAUAUUGAAGUGAAUACUAAAACUAACACCACUCUGGAAUAUCAAAGUGUGUUUAAAAUAUCUGAAUCAUUUUUAACAUACAAACAUUUUUAAGUUUAGAUCAACAGUGAUAUUAAAAUUGUAAAGUAGAAGAAAUGGCCACUGGAGGUUCAUCCAUUUACAAGGGAUCAGACCUGAUUCAUGACUACAAUUGUUCCAAGUGUGAGGAAAAUGACCUUAACACUGAAGCCCAGCACUUCUGUCCACAGUGUGAACACUAUCUGUGUGACAAGUGUGUAAAUUUACAUAAUGGAUAUCAUAACAAACAUACAGUGUAUGGACGUGGAGACAUUCAGAAGUGGGCGGGGUUCUCCAUGGACAGGUGUGACCAACAUGGCAACAAGCUGGAGAUCCGCUGUGAUGACCACCAGGAACUUUGCUGCAGUGUAUGUGUGGCCCUCAGCCACAGGCUGUGUAGCAGCAUCAGUCACCUGCCUGACCUGGCUAGAGGCAUCCUAGACACAGCAGAGUUCAAGCAGCUGCCAACAGCAGUUGACCAGAUAAGGAGCAGGCUAGAUGAGCUCAAGAAUGCCAGGAUGAAGGACCAAGCGUCACUAAAGGUCACAUACAAGAAUAUCAUAGCUGAAAUCAAGGCUCUCCGAAAUGAGAUAAACAAGGUCUUAGACAAGCUGGAGAAGAAGACAUUGAAAGAACUGGAUAGCUUGAUGGAAGAUUUGGAGAACUCUAUUGAAGAUGAUAUGAAAACAUGUGCUCACAUGAGUAAUCAACUGAAAUCCAUGAUGGAAAAACUCCAGCAGGUAUCUGACAAACACAAAGAGACUAGUUCUUACAUUGGAUUCAGAAUAUGUCAGGCCAAGUUGGGGGAAGCCAAGACCACCAUUCUAGAAAUUCAGAAAAGGCUAACAAAAAGAAUAAGCUUCAUAUCUAAUGUAAGUGUUUUGCCAUUUCUCAGAAACCUGAACAUUCUUGGAAAUGUUGACAGUAUUUUUUCCAUGCCAAUUACAGAUAGUGAUCACGUGUACAAAGCUCAGAGUUCAAGUUGUUAUUCUGUUAGAAUAGGGAAGGAUAAACAUAAAUGCCAUAUUGUAGGUAUAUGUGAGUUGCCUAGUGGACAGGUGGUUAUUGCUGAUCAAAACAACAGCAGGGUGAAGCUUCUGAAUAACCUCUACCAAGUCACUGAUCACUGUGAUUUACCUGAUUUUUUAUAUGGCAUGUGUCUCAUUGCAAGUAAUAACAUAGCUGUAACUGUUGCAGACAGCUGUUUAUCAGGUAAUCGACAUGAGAUUCAUUUCCUCUCAGUGAUCAGAGGGAAACUACAAGUAGUUAGAAAAUUCUGCACAAACCAAGAAUGGGCUUCUGUUGCCCACCAUCAGGGCCAGCUGUAUGUAGCCUCCCGGAAUGCCCUUGACCAGUACACCAUGGAUGGACAACUAGUAAAGAAUAUUUACGAAUGCAUACCUCGUGAUAUUUAUACGAGCAUCUGUGCUGUUAAUGCAGAUGGGAAGAUCAUUUAUGUGACUGUAUCUUUUAAACAUGAAUUAAUAACAUUUGAUAAAGGUGGUCAAGUACUGUCUACACUAAAAGAUCCUGAACUGAAGGGGCCUUGUGGACUGUGUGUCAGUCCGAGUGGCUAUGUGUUUGUGUGCGGAAAGGAGUCUCACACUGUGUUACAGGUGGACAGAGAGGGGAGAAAGAAGCUGGCCACAGUGGCCAGGCAGACUGAUAACUUGAAAACUCCUGUGUCAGUGUGCUUCAUUGAACAAACCUCCUGUCUUAUUGUUGGGAAUCAUCUCAGUGACAAUAUCACUAUUGUCAGACUGUGUUGAACAAUACUUUGGAGUAAAGCAUCAUUAGAUUUGAUCUGCAUUUGUAUUGAUAUGUCAAAUGUAAAUUUAAACAAGGCUGAGUUGUUCUUGUCAUGUUAUCAGAAGAUUAUACCAAGUAUGGUAUAAUGAUCCAUUGUUUAUGGAAAUCAAAGGAAUUUACUCAUGUAUAGAAUACGAGUUAUGUGUGUUAUUAUAAUAGAUACAUUGUAUAUUGUAAUCAAUGAAAGUUCAGCAAUUAGUCCCAUAAAUUAUCAUUUAAUAAAACUUAAUAUUAUAAACACGAAAUGAAAUGAUUAAUUUAUGAGUUUACAGAAGUUCUUGUUUAUAAUUAAACAUCAAGAUUUCCGAUAAUCAUUCGCCAACUCUCAGAAUCGGUUAUCACCAUGUAGCUUUACUAUCUAAAAAUAGCAAACACAGCAUUGAAAACAUUUUUUCACGUUUAAUUAAGGCAUGAAUUGUGGGAUUGAUGUCAUUAUCAGGGUAUGAACACAGUUGGGUUGGUUUAAGUGUGUGGAGUCGGAAGGACUGCAUGUACUUUAACCAGCCCAAUUGCUUUCAUAUCCCCGAUAAUGACACCAAUCCCACAAUUCAUUAUCAUCACCAAUAGUUCAAUAUUUCAUUCAAGAAUUGCUAAAAAAAUACUUCAUUUCAUUUAAGAAAACCUUUCAGUAAUCCUUUCUUACCCAUUCUGUAAAUAGAACAACCUGACUGUAACCGGAAACAUUUUUAUCAAAUGAUGUGACAAUAACGCAAGAAAAGAUCAACCACUUGAAAUCACAUUUAAAUGUAGAAUUGAAACACUUAUGACAACAAUACAUUUUACAUAUCAUAAAUUUACACUUUACAAAAUGUUGAUUUAUAUUUUACGGGUGACACAAUACAAACAAUAACUGGAUCAACAAUUUCCAUGUAUAUUGUGGGAUGAAUUGCCAUAUGAACAUAUCCAAAGAUGUUGCGUUCAUCGGAUGAUAACUGCAAUUGCACAAAGGCAGUUCAUUAUGGAAUGGAAGUUGAGGUGUAAAAAUAACUAAAUAUAUAUUAAUAAGUACAGCAGUUUACAUUUAAAUGCUGUUUGUAAUUCUUCUUAACCACUUCAUUUAAAACUAACUAUGGAUUUUACAAUUUUGAUAACACAGGGUUCGAAUUUAACUUUGUGGAGCACUCGCAAAAUUUUGCGAGUGCAUUUUGAGGCAACUCGCAAAAUGACAAAUCAACUUGCAAUUUUAUUAUUUGCUUUAUUCCCUUAUAAUAUUGUCUAAUAGAAAUUAACACCUAAGACAUAUUAUGAAUAUUAAAAAGUAUCAAUCUUGAGUGACUCGACUACUAGAACUUGUUGAUGGCUUAUUCUAUUUGGGGGGUACUGUAUGGAAAGACUCGUCUGAUGCUGGCAGCUUUUUGAUAACAAAGCUGUCCAAUAAUUUGACAUUGUUCACUUUGUAUAUUUACCCUCGCCAUCGGGUAAUUUAAUACCCAUUCGACAAGCACGCUACAGAUUUCAUUAAGUCUAUAAGUAUUAAAAACAAUAAAAUAAUAAAUUUAAAAUAAAAAAGCAACAGUAAAUGUAGCGUGGAUACUUUGGACCAUGAAAUAUAUCGAUCAACGAAGUCUAUUCAUUUUGACAGUUGGGCGGAAAUAUAUUCAAAGGAUGAUGGGGUUUACAUAUAGUGCGCAAAAGCGCUAAAUUUAGCCAAUGAUUGAGCUAGGUGAUUACGUCAUUCGUAUUUACUUUGUAUUAUGCACUCCUCGGAGCAUCCCGGAAAGAUUCGAGCUAAAACUCGGCCUUUUCCGUAUUCGUUCUAUUUUUGAAAACCUACUAGAGCGUGACUCCGUACUGUCUUCUUUAUACCGGUAGUGUAAACAUGCCACUUAUAGGCUGUUUACACUCGACUACAUAGCGGAAUUAAGUUCAUGUUUAUUCUACUUUCCUUUUAACAUUUUGUGGUCUAGAAAAAGCCACUCACAGAAUUUUGCGAGCUUGAAUAAAAGUCACUCGCAAUUUCCAAAUGUCGCUCGCAUUUUGCGAGUAUGCGAGUCUAAAUUCGAACCCUGUAACAUAAUCAAUAAUUUAUCAAAAUGAGAAAUCCGAUUAUUUAUGAUUGAUACCGACUUUGAACUAUUUUCAAUCCUGGUCUACAGUAUGUUUAUUAGUAUAAACACAAUAUCUGGACAUUUAAGGACCACCAAUAUAACAAAUACAUUUUUUUGCAGAUCUUUUAUGUGUUAAUUUGCAAAAUAUAUUUAACCUUACUUUUACCUUAUCCGGAAGAAAUGUUUUAAGAAUAAAGCUUUUUUUCGUAAUUCUCAAAUCUGUGUAUUUGAAUCUUGUGCAUGUGUCCACCAUUUUCAACAUUCUUUUAUCGUCAUGAUUCAUAUUCACAUAAACAUGUUUCAUGUGUAAUCUAAAGUUCUAUUGUGCUUGUUACCUAAUCUUGAAACUUUGUCAAAAUGAUAACCAGUAUUUCUAUUAAUUCUAGGCCGAGUAAAAUAAUUGGUUUAUUCUAACCCCUUAAGUAAGGGAACAAAGUCAAAUGUUUAAAAUAUUACUACCACUAUAGAGGGAAUAUUUUUUCCCAAUUUCCAUGAUACUUGGCCUGAAUGUUUGUCUUUCUCAGAAUAUUUGUUGUAAAGAAAUCUAGGUCAAAUUUGAUUAUAGGUCAUGUAUGGAAAAUCAGUAGGUCACCUGACACCAUGUCAUAUAUAUUGCAAAUAUUGUUAACAGAAUUCAUGUAUAUUUCUACCUAAGCAUCAUGGGUCCAAUACAAUCAAGGUCAAACUAGAUUGCUUGUCAUGCUGUGUAAAAAUGUAAGUUACUAGGCCAAACAUAAGAACAAGUGGUAAUGCUAUAGAGGCUAACAAUAUACACUUUUUGUCACAUCCCCUUUUUAUCUCGACUAUUCCAAGAAUAAGGAGGCUUCACAACUUUCCCAGCUUUAGCCUUGGCAUGGGCCUUGUCAUCCAGUUAAAGUUUUAUGGCAAGUUGGCAUUUUCACUUAUAACUCCAAUACCCUUCAUUCGAAUGACUGAAUACAUUUUACACAAUUAUUGACGACCAUCAAAGAAUUAGGUUACAUGACACCAUUUCUUCCGAAAUAUAAAUUAUGGCCCCUGAUUGACUUAAAAACUUAGCUUAAAGUUUUUUGGCACAUUGUGUCCGGUAAAGUUUGAGGGCAAGUAGGGACUUUCACUAAUUACUUAUAUACCCUUCAUUCAAUUGCCUUAAUGCUUCACACAGUAGUUUAGGGCCAUCACACAAUUAGGUUUCAUUAUUCCAUAUUUACCCUUAAUUCAGAUCAUCGCCCAUGAUUAUUUUUUUUAAAGUUUUUUGUUAUCGUUUUUUGAAUUGCUUUUAACAGGCACCUUUUUUUUAUAUUUGUAAUCUGGUUUUCACAAAGUGAAAAAUGGUUUUUAGAAUGAUGUAUGCCAUUGUUGGGGUGGGCCGGCAUGAGGGCGGUGUCAAACUAUGGUAUUGAAUAAUCUUAGUUAUACCCCCCAAAACAAAGUUUGGGGGGGUAUACUGGAAUCGGGUUGUCCGUCCGUCUGUCCGUCCGUUUUUUUUUUGUCCAGGAUUCAUCUUUGUCGUUAUUGAACAAAUCUUUUUCAAACUUUCAGAUAUUAAUGGCCAUGAUGUAAACUUGCGCCUCUGUGAAAUUGGUACGGGUCACAUGACCCUGACCAGAGUUAUCUCCCCUUGAUGUGUUAAAGUAGGCAAAAUAAGCCCUGUCCGGGAUUCAUCUUUGUUAUUAUUCAACAAAUCUUUUUCAAACUUUCAGAAAUUAAUGGCCAUGAUGUAAACUUGCGCCUCUGUGAAAUUGGUACAGGUCACAUGACCCUGACUGGAGUUAUCUCCCCUUGAUGUGUUAAAGUAGGCAAAAUAAGCCCUGUCCGGGAUUCAUCUUUGUUAUUAUUCAACAAAUCUUUAUCAAACUUUCAGAAAUUAAUGGCCAUGUUGUAAACUUUCGCCUCUGUGAAUUUGGUACAGGUCACAUGACCCUGACUGGAGUUAUCUCCCCUUGAUGUGUUAAAGUAGGCAAAAUAAGCCCUGUCCGGGAUUCAUCUUUGUUAUUAUUCAACAAAUCUUUAUCAAACUUUCAGAAAUUAAUGGCCAUGUUGUAAACUUUCGCCUCUGUGAAUUUGGUACAGGUCACAUGACCCUGACUGGAGUUAUCUCCCCUUGUAGGCAAAAUUAGCUUUGUCCGGCCUAACUCCAGGGCAAACAACCUAGACAUGGAGGGGUGGGGGGUAUUCGUUAGCCUAUGGCUUACAGUUCUAGUUAGGUUUGACAUAUGGUGACCAAACUUGGUAUAUAGGAAGAGUUUAAUGAGAUUUUUCAUGGGAUCGCAUUUUGGGGGCCCUAGACGGUCACUGUUACUUAAAAUAGAAAAACAGUUGGUACUGAAUAACUUUAGUUAGGGUUGAUAUAUUGCAACCAAACAUAGUAUAAAGGAAAUGUUUAUAGAGACUUUCAUAGGAUUGCGCUUUGGGUUCUGAAAGUCAUGGUCAAGGUCAUGGUCACUGUUACUUAAAAUAGAAAAAAUGGUAUUUAUUACUGAUAACUAAUAACUUUAGUGAGGUUUGACAUAUUCUGACCAAACUUGGUUAUAUAUAUAAAUAGGAAGAGUUUAUGGAGACCUUUCAUUGGAGUUUGGGGCCCCUAGGGUCAAGGUCACUGUUACUAAAAAAAGAAAAAUAGUUGAUAACUGAGUAAUUUUAAUUAGGAUUGACAUAUUGCAAAUAAACUUGGCAUAAAGGAAGAAUUGAUUGAGACCUUUCAUAGGAUUGCCUUUGGUGAUUCCCCUAGGGUCACUGUUUCUCUAGUUAGGUUUUGACAUAAAGUGAUCAAACUUUGUAUGAAGGAAGAGUUUAUGGAGGACUUCCAUUGGAUUGCAUUUGAGGGCCCUUGGGUCAAUGUCAAGUUCACUGUUACUAAGAAUCGAAAACAACAGUUAAAACUGAAUAUCACAAUGAAGGCUGAAGUUCUUCUGUCAAUCAUUGAAAACCUGGUUCCAUCGCAUUUCUUGUUUGCUUUUUGUUUUGUCUUUUUUUAUGCUAUUUCCCAGGCACAUAUUGCAUCAUUAUUGUAUUCAUUUCUAAGACAAAGCGGCGUAUGGUAGAACGCACUGUUCUAUGACAGCUCUUGUUUAUAUAAUGAUACAUGCUGUUGUCAACUUAUUCCUAUCUUUUUUAUGCAUGUAUGUUUGAAUGUAUGUUAGUAAAUAAAAUUUAUAAUCAG